ACUGUGUCCAUAGUACCUCCAACCGCGCGUUACUUUCCAUCACCUUGCCACGGUACAUCAUCUUGACGCCCGAUCAGCUACCUCGAGCAAGUCUCGGCCAGCCUCGUCAUCGUCUCCGCCUUCGCCUUCGCCCUUCUAUAUUGUACACCGCCAUGUCGGCGAACAGGCUGAACUGAAAGCCACACAUCUCCUCGCACCGUCUAAGCAACGCUCCCUAAAAUACUUUUUCCCCUGGUCGAAGAAGGCAGGGCCGGGUCAUCAAGGGUUGGGAUUACGUUGCGUCGAACCCACCCUUGACUGCGUCUACUCCCUGAGGCGGCAGAACACAUGAGCGACACACCGGAGGAGGGUAGAAAUACCCCUUCGCCCGGCCCUGGCGGCGCGGGAAAACGUCCAAGAGCACCGACCAUCACCAUUGAUACCAGCGCCGUGAACCCUGGCGACGAGAUGAGCGACACGGUUCCACUGAAUCAAGUAGCGACAGCCUCAUCAACCGCUCUAUCAGAUGAUCCGAGCACGGGAAAUAGUGUAACCCCAGAGAUAAUCGAAUUCGGCCCCGGGAGACCGAGCGACCCCCGACGAACUUCGGACGACAGUAAAGAGUCGCGACCAACAUCACCGCACAAUAUCUCAUCACCCACCGAUCGAUAUGGGAACGGGAAUCAGUUCCUCGAUGUCCCCGGAAGGAGAAGAGGGGAAUCUUUCGAUUCCAGCAACUCCCAGACCUCGCAAGACUCGUAUGGCACAACGGCGGUGGCGAGCCCGACGACGCAAACAGCGCGGGCAGAUAGCACUGCGACGACCGGGGGUUCGCAAAACGUGGAAUUGGUUAGCGAUAAGGAAGCAUUGCAGCCCGACCCAGGCACGGAGGCCGAAUUCGACGUAGACAAUAACAAAUUCGCCUUCUCGCCGGGUCAAAUGUCGAAGCUAUUGAACCCGAAGUCGCUGAGUGCAUUCCGCGCGUUAGGGGGUGUCAUUGGGCUAGAGAAAGGUCUUCGAACCGAUCGAAGAACAGGUCUUAGCAUGGACGAAGAGGAUCUGGACGGAGCUGUCUCGUUCGAGGAAGCCACCACGGCAUGGGAAGUAUCGCCGAGCACCACAAGCUCCGAUGUCCCGGACAAGUUGGCUCGAGCAGAUACGACGGCCGGUCGAAAAUUCAGCGAGCACAGUUUCAUCGACCGAAAACGAGUCUUCAGCGACAACCGCCUCCCGGAGAGGAAAACGAAGAACAUUUUCCAGCUCGCUUGGAUGGCGUACAACGAUAAGGUGCUAAUUCUGCUAACCGGGGCUGCUGUCAUCUCGCUCGCGUUGGGUCUGUAUCAAACUUUCGGCCAAGCGCACGGCGAGGGAGAAGCUAGGGUGGAGUGGAUCGAGGGAGUGGCCAUCAUGGUCGCCAUUGUUAUUGUCGUGGUGGUUGGUGCCGUCAACGACUGGAAGAAAGAACGACAAUUCGUCAAACUUAAUAAGAAAAAGGAGGACCGCUUUGUGAAGGUCAUCCGAAACGGUAAAACUCGGGAGAUCAGCGUCUUUGAUAUCCUGGCCGGCGAAGUGAUGCUUCUCGAACCUGGAGAUCUGGUCCCCGUCGACGGCAUCUUCCUCGAAGGUCAUAACGUAAAAUGCGACGAGUCUAGUGCCACCGGCGAAUCGGAUCUUUUGAAGAAGACGGGAGGCGAGGAGGUUCACAAGGCCAUUCUCGAGGGCCGGCCGCUGAAGAAGCUCGACCCUUUCAUCAUCUCUGGCGCCAAAGUCUCCGAAGGCGUUGGAAGCUUCCUGGUCACGAGUACGGGUGUCCAUUCGUCUUACGGGAAAACCAUGAUGUCUCUGCGUGAGGACUCCGAAGUCACUCCGUUGCAGUUAAAACUUAACGUUCUUGCCGAGUACAUCGCCAAGCUCGGUGGCGCUGCUGCUCUGCUCCUCUUCGUGGUCCUUCUGAUCGAAUUCCUUGCCCACCUUAAAAACGACGACCGACUCCCGGCCGAGAAAGGACAGAACUUCUUGAACAUCCUGAUUGUCUCCAUCACCGUCGUGGUUGUCGCGGUUCCCGAGGGAUUGCCUCUCGCCGUUACCCUCGCUUUGGCUUUCGCUACAACCCGCAUGCUCAAGGACAACAACUUGGUGCGACUUCUGCGCAGCUGCGAGACCAUGGGCAAUGCUACGACGGUUUGUAGUGACAAAACGGGCACCCUGACACAGAAUAGGAUGACGAUUGUGGCCGGUACCAUCGGUUCGUGGAACCGGUUCGGGGAUAAGACAAAAUUCACUCUUAGGGCGAACACUAUAGGACCGGAGUCCGAGUCCAUCCCCGAAUUCAUGGGUGCUUUGGGGGAUGAGGUCAAGACCCUGAUCGUCCAGUCGAUUGCGAUCAACAGCACCGCCUUCGAGGGCGAAGAGGAUGGCAAGCCCGCAUUCAUCGGAUCCAAGACGGAAAUGGCCAUGCUGAACCUGGCGCGCGAUUAUUUGGGCAUGGGCUCGGUCAGCAUCGAGCGCUCCAAUGCCACCAUUGCUCAAAUGGUCCCGUUCGACUCCGCACGAAAAUGCAUGGCCGCCGUAGUCAAAUUGGACGACGGGCGCUACCGCAUGUACGUUAAAGGGGCCAGUGAGAUCUUGCUCUCCAAAGCCACUCGGAUCCUCGAUAAUGCCACCAAAGACCUUUCGGAUCGACCUCUCGAUGCCGAGAUCCGCGAGGAACUGAACUACGUUAUCAGUUCCUACGCUAGGCGCAGCCUGCGCACUAUCGCGCUCCUCUUCCGCGACUUUGACUCAUGGCCCCCGAAAGGUGCUCGCACUAUGCAGGACGAUAAGACCAGUGUGGAGUUUGACGAUGUCUUCCGCGACAUGACUUGGCUUGGCGUGGUAGGUAUCCAAGACCCCUUGCGUGACGGAGUCCGGGAAGCCGUCCAAGACUGCCAACGAGCGGGGGUUUUCGUGCGCAUGGUCACGGGCGACAACGUCGAGACGGCUAGAGCUAUCGCCGAAGACUGCGGGAUUCUGGUUCCCGGAGGCCUUGUGAUGGAGGGACCGAAAUUCCGCAAGCUAAGCCGCGGCAAGAUGGCCGAAAUCAUCCCGAAGCUGUGCGUGUUGGCCCGAAGCUCGCCCGCCGACAAGGAGAAGCUGGUCAAACGGCUCAAGGAGAUGGGGGAAACGGUCGCGGUUACAGGAGACGGGACCAACGAUGCGCCGGCCCUGAAAGCGGCCGACGUGGGCUUUUCCAUGGGCAUCGCUGGAACGGAGGUGGCGAAGGAGGCGUCUGCAAUCAUUCUUAUGGACGACAACUUCGCCUCGAUCGUGAAGGCCUUGCUUUGGGGCCGUGCCGUGAACGAUGCGGUCAAAAAGUUCUUGCAGUUCCAGAUCACGGUCAAUAUCACGGCCGUGGCCCUCACGUUCAUCUCCGCGGUCGCGUCCGCUGAUCAGAGCUCGGUCCUAACGGCGGUCCAGCUACUCUGGGUCAAUCUGAUCAUGGACACAUUCGCUGCGCUUGCUCUGGCCACCGAUCCACCGACGCCGAGCCUAUUGAACCGGAAGCCGGAUCCCAAGUCCGCGCCGUUGAUCACGCUCACUAUGUGGAAGAUGAUAAUCGGUCAGAGCAUUUUCCAGCUUGCCGUCACGUUCGCGCUGCAUUUCGGGGGUGCGAAGAUCCUAUCGUAUGACACUCCCGAGGAACGGGAUCUUCUUCCGACCUUAGUCUUCAACACCUUCGUCUGGAUGCAGAUCUUCAACAUGUUCAACAACCGCCGGUUGGACAACAAGUUCAAUAUUUUCGAGGGAAUUCAGCACAAUUACUUCUUCAUCCUGAUCGCUACUAUCAUGAUCGGCGGUCAAGUCUUGAUCAUUUUCGUUGGGGGCCGGGCUUUCCACGUGCAGCGCUUGGAACCCGCUCAAUGGGGCUUGUCGGUCAUUCUCGGCCUAAUUUCGAUCCCAGCUGGUGUCAUUAUUCGAUUGAUCCCCGAUGAGCUGAUCAGAAAGGCGAUUCCCGACUCCAUCCGACGACGUGCCCAGCCGCAAAUCACGGUCGAAGACGAAAACCGCUUCGAGUUCAACCAAGGCUUGCUCGACAUUCGGGAGGACCUGUCGUUCAUGAAAAGGAUCCAUGGCGGGCGUCUGUCCAGCUUCAAAUACCGCAUCAAAAAUCCUCGCGAAAUCUUCCCCCAGAGAUCACGCAGUGCGAGCCAUCUCAGCAGCCAAGCCAGCAUCCCCAGUACACCGAACAUCAAUGACCCCAAGAGAUCGAGCGAAGGGAAGCGGAAAGACAAAGAUCACGACAAGGAUCGUACACCGAAUGCAUCUCCCGAUAAGCGACGUCGUGCCACCCGAUCUCGCAGCAACAGUGCAUUUGGCGCUGCGGCUGCCAUGGCAGGCGUGGUAGCGGGCUCCAUCGGUGGAUGGUCCCCCAUCGAUCGGGAUGCCGGCGAUGGCGACAGCGAAUCGAUAUUCAAUGCAGGGGUUUCACGGUCGCCGAAAUUGAACGAGCGCCAGGAUCUCGAAGCUGCGGAGGGCAUCGAGCUGGCCAGCGGCACGAGAAGCGAAGAUCCGGUGCUGGUGCCUCAAGAUGUGGUAUUGGCGGGCAAGCUACCGCCCAGCCAGAGAGAGGAGACCACACCGGAGUUUAGAGUUGGGCCGUUGGCCGGGAAGGGCGAUGAUAAGCUUGUACAAGCCGAGAAGGAGAUCGAGAGCUCGAAAGAAGAUGGGGAAAAGAAGGAGGCCACGGUUGACACCAAGGCUAAGGACAGCGAUGACAGCAGUGAGGACGAGGUCGAUGGAAAGAAGGACAAGAAAUCGGGCGGGUGAGCACGACGGUUGCAGAUCGGGUUGCAGAUCCGAUGCCGAACCAUGUGCCGCAGCAUUCCCGCCGUCCCGAACCAGGAGGCGAUGGUACUGCCCAUCAUGGAUUGCGACGAUUCCUGAUCGCAACACCAUGGUUCGUAGCCACGGCACCAUUCAUCGCCGCCAAACGGGCUGGCAUUUUCUUGUGUCCACGGAGUUAGAUCGAAGCAAAAUCAUUCUAGGCCGCAGAGUAGGGGCGACAGGCGUUUUCCGCAUUUUCAG